AUGCCCGACUCACCCCCGAAGCGCGUCAUCCUAGAGAAAUCCCGCACGGUGCGACGACGCUACCAACGCAGCAACAAACGCUUCCAGUACACCGCCUCCCAGAUCGCGCGGAUCGAACGCGAACAAGAACGCGAGAAACGCGCCCAGCAGCUGCGCGAGCGCGACAAGAAACGCGCCGCAAACAAGAAGAAGAAGGCAGAAAAAGAAGCCCAGGCGCGUGAGGAACGCCGGAAACUCGGCUUGCCGGAUCCGAAUGCUCCCAGCGUGCCGGCGAGUCAGCCGCUGCUUGUGAGUGUGAAUGGGAGUGAGGGUGAGGGUGGGAGUGCUACGGAGGUUUGGGAGGGUGACCUGGGGGGGUUUGGGAGCGACGAGGAGUUGGAGUUGGCGUUGAUGAAUGAGUCUUGGUCCGAGGAUGAGGACGAGGAUAAAGGCUGUGAGGCUGUGGGAUGCGACCAGGCCGAGAAGGACAACGACAGGGGUGAAGAGGAGGACGAGUUCCCUGAUUGCUCGAUCUUCGACGAUGAGGACAUCAUCAAAGAGAUCGAUGCUAUAGCUACGCCGCAGCGGCAGACCGAACAGCUACCUCUGAAGAAGUGGUCGGCGGCCGAAUCGUUCCAGGACGAGACGGCGCUGUUGCUGGAGGAGUUUGGUCAUGAGUGCCAUGAGUUCGACACGGACGACGAAUUCGAACAGGCGCUGGUUGAGCUGGAUGCGGUGUGA